CUUUUCUGCCAACGAUCAGUGAAAAGCAAAGCCCACAAAUUCCCAAUCCCAGUGUUCCUUUUCCAAUUCACCAAUGUUCACUGUUCCAUCCUCCGCCGCGAUGCCUCUCCUCCAAUUCCCCGCCAACGGAGCACCAUCAUCUCUAAAUUCCCCUCCGGCGAAAUCCCCUGUUCCCCUCCGCCGGGGACAGAGCAUUCGAGCCUCCGUCGCCGCCUUCCCCGAGGCAAUUCCGACCGACUGCGGGUCCUCUAACCGCCCCAAGCCGAGCCUGUACGAUAUUCUGAAGGUCUCUCCCACGGCGUCGUUUGGGGAGAUAAAAGCCGCGUACAGGACGCUCGCCAAGAUUCAUCAUCCAGAUCAGGCACGCUCCGGCGACGACGACGGCGGUCGCGAGUUCAUGGAGAUUCGCGACGCUUACGAGAGGCUCUCUGAUCCGGCUGUGAGGGCGCUGUAUGAUUUAUCUUUGGGGAGGAGGAGGAUGCCGGUCGGUUCUUCCGGCGGGUAUUAUACGACCCGGAGAUGGGAGACGGAUCAGUGCUGGUAGAGGUAGUUGCUGACCUUGCGCCGGCGGGGAGUGGGAUUCGAUCCGUUUCGCCCGCCAGCCCAAUUUUUGGAUACUCCUUUGUUUCCAUCUUUGGGCCUUUGGCCCAUUUAGCAAUCUUUUAUUGUCUUUUAGACACAGACGAAAAUGUUUUUAAAAAAAAGGAGUAUGAAUGUCAGUAUGUCACACAUUCUUGUCAAUUGGCUACAACAUCGUCCCUCUGUUCUAUAACGACGACGUAUGGACAUAUAGCAUUUCAGUUCAAAAACUUCUAUCUUCUCCAUUUAAGGCCAUCAUUCUUUAGCUGAAUUCCGAAUCCUUGAAUUAUCAGGAUUAAUUAAGAUGCCUGCAGUGU